CACUGCUCCGACUAAGAAAAAUUAGGUUCACAUGGGUUAUCUCGACAAAUAAAGACAGAUAAAAAUGAGAGCAUAUAAACUACAUAUAAACCUCCCCCUAAAAUACUCUGUCUGUCUUGUUACUCAGCAAAUUUCAGUUUUGCAGAUCUUUUGAUGUUUGAACAUAAAAGUAAUAGGUACUAAGUAUAAAUAUGGACCUUCUACAGAUGAUGGAAACCAGUGUUGUCACAGGAGGAAUGGGAACAGUCUUAUUCUUCUUGUAUAACAAAUCUGAUACAGAAACAGAGGUAGCUGUGUUAGGUUACCUAGCCUGUUCCUUCCUGAUGAUCCUACUCCAUCAGGCAGCACCACUCUUCCAUGUUAAUCCAGUCAAGAAAACAGAAGGUAGUUACAGGUCUAUUAACAGUCAAGGACUAUGGAGUUCUUUCUUGAUACCAGCCAUUUGUGUUCUUGGGAAUUUUAUCACUAAAACAGAUGACAAAAUAGAUAGUAGUUUGUUGUUUGUUUUGUUAACUUUGACCUUGACAUUAGUGCACUACAACCCUUCCAAUGCUUCACAGAUUGCAGGUGCAUUAUUGUUAUUGUGGUUGAAAGAAAUCUUUAAACAACAAGAUUUGAGUAGCAUUCGAUUAUGUGUAUUUCACAGCAUAAUGUACUACUUUGCUUUGUCAAAAUUGCCACAGAAGUUUCCAAUGGCAUUUUCAUAUGGAGAAAGCAUCAUAGUAUUACAGUCUACAUUUCUCAUUGUCAACGAAUUCUUAUUUAGAACUGGUAUUCUUCAGGAAAAUCAAGAAGAGACACUGUCAGAUCAUGCCAUGAUAAAGAUAGCAAUGCUUGCCAUACUUGGAGUUGUUCUAGCUUCAGUAUUACUACAUAUGAUCAGAGAAUACACAUCCAAGUUGAAAUUUUACUUAGUGUACAGUCUAGUCAUUGGAGUCUUUCUUAUAUUUGGUUUACCAAGACAAAACCCUGUAGUUAUCCUGUUGGAGUAUUUCUCUGGGAAUUUAAUCAGAUUUAACCUUGUGGCCUGGUAUGGUUCAUUGACAGCAAUCACUGUGGUGUAUUUGUUGAUGUACAGUAAGCAGACUUCUGUUUCCACAGCAACAAGAAAGUUUUUCCAUGUCAUUAUAGUAGCAGUUUACAUUCCAGGUUUAUUGUUAGAUCCUACAUUCCUAACUACAGCAUCUCUUCUUGCUUUCUGUGUUAUGUUUGUCAUAGAGACUUUAAGAUACAUGGAUGUGCAGCCAUUUGGACAAUUAAUAGAAGAAAAGUAUAAGUUAUUCCUAGAUAAGCAGGAUGAAGGACCUCUAGCAUUAACUCCAAUAUAUUUAAUAUUAGGAUUAUCUUUGCCAUUAUGGCUGUCUUUCAUUUUCAGAAUACCAGUUUCAGACAUUUCAGUGUAUGCUGGUGUAAUAUCAGUUGGUAUAGGAGAUGCUGUAGCAUCUAUUAUUGGCAGUAAAAUAGGCAGGGUUAAAUGUCCAGGUAGUUCUAAGACAGUAGAAGGAAGUUUAGCUUCACUUGUAUCUCAGAUCAUCACUUUGUAUUUUUUUCAGUAUAGUGGCAAAGUAGAAUCAUCCUUGACAUUCAUAACACUUGUAGCAGUAACCAUGACAACAAUUCUAGAGGCAGUUACUACACAAAUAGACAAUCUAGUUUUACCAUUGUUUUUAUAUACAAUUUUACUAUUAAAUAUGUUAUAA